GCCGUGCCUUGCGCGGCGGCCUUCGCCUCGCUUCGUCUCGCGUGAGAUGCGCUUCUCCACAGCUGUCAGCACAACCACCACCCACGCCUCGGCCUCACACGACCUUCUCACACCCACCACACUCCCGCCGGUGCUCUCGUCUCUCGUGCACCACCACCCCAUACCCACCUCCCCACCCGCCCCUCUCAGCCUCCCGUCCCGGCCCCUGAUCCCGCAACCCGCUCGCCCAGCAUGUCGUUUCCCGCCACGGAGAAUGGCAAGCUCUCGAUGAAGGGCCGCGUCGCCAUCAUCACCGGCGCCGGCAACGGCAUUGGCCGCGCCUACGCCAUGAGCAUGGCCGCGCGCGGCGCCAAGGUCGUCAUCAACGACCUUGGCCCGUCGACGCAGGACAAGAACCGCAAGGCGGCCGAGGUUGUCGUCGAGGAGAUCACCAAGCUCGGCGGCGAGGCCAUUGCCAACCUCGACUCGAACCUCGACGGCGCCAAGAUCGUCAAGCAGGCCAUGGACAAGUGGGGCCGCGUCGACAUCCUGGUGAACAACGCCGGCAUCCUGCGUGACAAGUCCUUCAAGUCCAUGUCGGACAAGGAGUGGGACGCCAUCACGGCCGUGCACAUCACUGGCUCUUUCGCAUGCGCACACGCCGCAUGGCCGAUCAUGCGACAGCAGAAGUACGGUCGCAUCAUCAACAUCUCGUCCGCAGCCGGCAUCUACGGCAACUUCGGCCAGGCCAACUACUCGGCCGCCAAGAUGUCGAUGAUCUCCUUCACCAAGACGCUGGCCAUCGAGGGCGCGCGCUACAACAUCCUCGCCAACUGCAUUGCUCCCAUUGCCGCGUCGCAGAUGCUGGCCUCGGUCAUGCCGCCGGAGGUGCUCGAGAACCUCAAGCCCGAGUUCGUUGCGCCCCUGGUGACCUUCCUCUGCUCCGCCUCCAACGAGGAGACGACGGGCCAGAUCAUCGAGUCCGGCGCCGGCUUCAUGGCUGCGCUGCGCCGCCAGCGCACGCGCGGUGCCGUGUUCAAGACGGACGACUCCUUCACGCCCUCGGCCGUGCAGGCGCGCGUCGACGAGAUCCUCGACUUUGACGAGUCGCCGUCGUACCCGGAGAAGAUCACGGACGCCAACUACCUCGAGCUGCUCGAGCGCGCCAAGGAGGCCGACACGAACAAGCAGGGCGACGAGGUGCGCUUCGACGGCAAGACGGUGCUCGUGACGGGCGCCGGUGCCGGUCUGGGCAAGGCCUACUCGCUCAUGUUCGCCAAGCUCGGCGCGAGCGUCGUGGUCAACGACUUCUCUGCCGACGCCGCCAACGCCGUCGUUGAGGAGAUCAAGAAGGCUGGCGGCAAGGCGGCGCCGGCUGUCGGCAGCGUCGAGGACGGCGAGAAGAUUGUCAAGGCGGCCACGGACGCCUUCGGCUCGCUCCACGUCGUGAUCAACAACGCGGGCAUCCUGCGCGACAAGUCCUUCGCCAGCAUGGUGGAGAAGGAGUGGCACGACGUGAUGAACACGCACCUGCGCGGCACGUACUCGAUCUGCAAGGCUGCCUGGCCCAUCUUCAUCGAGCAGAAGUACGGCCGCAUCGUGAACACGACGUCCGCCGUCGGCAUCUACGGCAACUUCGGCCAGACGAACUACUCGACUGCCAAGGGCGCCAUCACCGGCUUCACGCAGACGCUCGCCAUCGAGGGCCAGAAGUACAACAUUCUCGCCAACACGAUUGCGCCCAACGCCGGCACGGCCAUGACGUCCACCAUCUGGCCGCAGGAGAUGGUCGACGCCUUCAAGCCCGCCUACGUGGCGCCCGCCGUCGGCUACCUCGCCAGUGAGGCCAACACGGAGCACACGAAGCUGCUCUGGGAGGUCUCGGGCGGCUGGAUCGCGGCCGUGCGCUGGCAGCGCGCCGGCGGCCACGCCUUCUCCUUCUCGCGCGAGCUCAAGCCCGAGGCGGUGCAGAAGCGCCUGCCCGAGAUCUUCAGCUUCGACGCCGAGAACGCCUCGUUCCCCGCCUCGAACCAGGAGGCCAUGAUGCAGAUCAUGGACAACAUCGGCAACGCCGGCGAGGACGAGGGCGACGACGACGACGCGGCCGGCGAGGACGACAACUCGGACCCCGAGGACAGCGACCUCGUCAAGGAGGCCAAGUCGCAGAAGAUCGACGAGUCCGAGUUCACCUGGGGCGAGCGGGAUUCGAUCCUGUACAACCUCGGCAUCGGUGCGCGCGCCGAGGAGCGCAAGUACACGUUCGAGCAGGACGACGAGUUCCAGGUCGUGCCCACGUUUGCUGUCAUCCCGCAGUUCGUCGCCGGCGCGAGCCUGCCGCUCGACUUCCUGCCCAACUUCUCGCCGAUGAUGCUGCUGCACGGCGAGCAGCACUUCAAGAUCCUGCGCGAGGGCGGCCUGCCCACCGAGGGCAGCGUGAUCAACAAGCCGAGCCUCGUCGAGGUGCUCGACAAGGGCAAGGCGGCGGCGGUGACGUCGUGCGUCAAGUCGUACGACAAGAGCAGCGGCGAGCUCGUCAUGGUGAACCACUCCACGGUCUUCAUCCGCGGCUCGGGCGGCUUCGGCGGGCGCAAGUCGCCCAAGGAGCGCGGCGCCGUGACGGCGGCGAACAAGCCGCCGUCGCGCAAGCCCGACGCGGUGCUGUCGCACAAGACGACGACGGACCAGGCGGCGCUGUACCGCCUCUCGGGCGACUACAACCCGCUGCACAUCGACCCCGACUUCAGCAAGGUGGGCGGCUUUGAGAACCCGAUUCUGCACGGCCUCUGCUCGUACGGCAUCAGCGGCAAGCUGCUGGCCGACAAAUUUGGCCCGUUCAACGAGAUGAAGGCGCGCUUCCUCGGCGUCGUGUACCCGGGCGAGACGCUCGAGGUGAGCGCGUGGAAGGAGGGCAAGACGGUCAUCUUCACCACCAAGGUCGUCGAGCGCGACGCACCGGCCCUCGGCGCCGCCGCCGUGCAGCUCGUGUAGAGCGGGCCGCCGACGCAGCGAGCCAGCCCCCAUACCUCCUCUCCUGACUGUAUCUCUCGCGACCCACGACUCGUGCUCCCGCCUCUGUGUAUCUGUCCUGUGCGAUUCAAUGGAAGCCCUGCAUCGCAGCGUA